GGUGCCUUGCCUGUCAGCAACCCGCAGGGCUGUGGCUGACCAACUCCUGCUAGCGUGGGGAGAGGAUCAGCCGGAGGACCCUUCUCCCCUUCUUCCGUGUGGCGGUCACUGAGACUUCAGCAAGACAGAUUCAGAUGGGCCCUGGUGUGGCGGCUCCUUCUUUAGCUAGGAACUGAUGCCCCAGAACCUUCAGGAGAAGAGCCAGGCCUACCCCCGACAACGACCCGGUAGCCGCGCAGGCCCUAAAAACCUCAAAGUUAUCCCAGGAACAACCAUGUACACUUUCCUGCCUGACAAUUUUUCACCCGCCAAACCCAAGCCCACUAAGGAGCUGAGACCUCUGCUGUGCUCCGCGGUGCUGGGACUGCUGCUGGUGCUGGCGGCAGUUGUGGCCUGGUGCUACUACAGCGCCUCGCUACGCAAAGCUGAACGCCUGCGUGCAGAGCUGCUGGACCUGAACCGUGGCGGCUUCUCUAUCCGUAACCAGAAGGGUGAGCAAGUCUUCCGCUUGGCCUUCCGUUCGGGUGCUCUGGACCUUGACUCCUGCAGCCGGGAUGGUGCCCUACUUGGCUGCUCCCGAGCGGCCGAUGGGCGCCCGUUGCACUUCUUUAUCCAGACUGUACGACCCAAGGACACUGUCAUGUGCUACCGCGUGCGCUGGGAGGAAACUGCACCAGGGCGUGCUGUGGAGCACGCGAUGUUUCUGGGAGAUGCUGCGGCGCACUGGUAUGGCGGCGCGGAGAUGAGGACGCAACACUGGCCCAUUCGCCUAGAUGGCCAGCAAGAGCCGCAGCCAUUUGUCACGAGCGACGUCUACUCUUCUGACGCCGCAUUCGGGGGCAUCCUUGAGCGCUACUGGCUAUCUUCACGCGCGGCCGCCAUCAAAGUCAAUGAUUCAGUGCCCUUCCACCUGGGCUGGAACAGUACGGAGCGUUCGAUGAGAUUGCAGGCACGCUACCACGACACAUCUUACAAGCCACCAGCCGGCCGUACUGCCGCGCCAGAGCUCAGCUACCGGGUGUGCGUGGGCUCAGAUGUCACCUCCAUCCACAAGUACAUGGUUCGACGUUACUUCAACAAGCCAUCUAGGGUACCAGCGUCAGAGGCCUUCCGAGACCCCAUUUGGUCCACGUGGGCACUGUAUGGGCGCGCUGUGGACCAGAACAAGGUGCUACAAUUCGCCCAGCAGAUCCGCCAGCACCGCUUCAACAGCAGCCACCUGGAAAUCGAUGACAUGUACACGCCCGCCUAUGGCGACUUUGACUUCGACGAGGGCAAGUUCCCCAACGCCAGUGACAUGUUCCACCGCCUGCGAGAUGCUGGCUUCCGCGUCACACUUUGGGUGCAUCCGUUUGUCAACUAUAACUCAUCGAGCUUCGGCGAAGGUGUGGAGCGCGAGCUGUUCGUGCGUGAGCCCACGGGCCGGCUGCCCGCGCUGGUGCGCUGGUGGAACGGCAUUGGCGCGGUGCUGGACUUCACGCACCCAGAGGCCCGAGAGUGGUUCCAGGGACAUUUACGGCGCCUGCGCUCUCGCUACAACGUGAUCUCCUUUAAGUUCGACGCGGGUGAGGUCAGCUACCUGCCCCGGGACUUCAGCACCUACAGGCCUCUGUCUGACCCCAGUGUGUGGAGCAGGAGGUACACUGAGAUGGCGGAGCCCUUCUUCUCUCUAGCCGAGGUCCGCGUGGGGUACCAGUCACAGAACAUCUCCUGCUUCUUCCGUCUAGUGGACCGCGACUCGGUAUGGGGCUACGACCUAGGGCUGCGCUCUCUUAUCCCUGCGGUGCUCACCGUCAGUAUGCUGGGCUAUCCGUUCAUCUUGCCCGAUAUGAUAGGUGGCAACGCGGUGCCGGAGCGCACAGCCGGUCGCCAAGAUGGGCCGGGGCCAGAACGCGAGCUCUACGUGCGCUGGCUGGAGGUGGCCGCCUUCAUGCCUGCCAUGCAGUUUUCAAUCCCUCCUUGGCAGUACGACGCAGAAGUGGUAGCCAUCGCACACAAAUUCGCUGCUCUGCGAGCCUCCCUCGUGGCGCCACUGCUGCUGGAGCUUGCUGGUGAGAUCACCGACACCGGCGACCCCAUCGUGCGCCCCCUGUGGUGGAUCGCACCCGGGGAUGAAACGGCUCACCGCAUUGACUCACAGUUCCUCAUCGGGGACACACUGUUGGUGGCGCCGGUGCUGGAGCCUGGUAAGCAAGAGCGCGAUGUCUACCUGCCUGCCGGCAAAUGGCGAAGCUACAAGGGUGAGCUUUUUGACAAGACUCCGGUGCUGCUCACGGAUUACCCUGUCGACUUGGAUGAGGUCGCCUAUUUCACCUGGGCUUCCUGACCCAGCUCAGAACCUAGGAAUCUCACAGCCCUAACUCCAGCCUUCAUACAGACUUUUAAUCCUGCACCACAUGCGAUAGGUGAACCUUCAGGAAGACCCCUUCCUAUACCACCUAGGAAGUGAGCACUGACUUUUAAGUGCUCCAGCCAACAGCUGUAGGUGAGACCUGAGAGGGGAGGAACUGCACCAGCGCACAAUCCUAAGAGCCCGGUCUCCAGGCUGCAGAAAACCUCUUCCCUGGGUUGGAGGCCAGAGAAUUGAGAGGACAAAGGUCUGUUCUUUCUGUUUCACGAGGUCUGGCUUUAAAAGCAGAGGGAAACCUCUCCUCCCGCUGGUCUUUGUAGCCAUCCAUCUUCGUCCUCUGAAAUGAGGAACCGAUCCUCUUUAAAGCUCCCAAAUAGUUUUCUACCAUAUUUAGAAAGUAUACCUUUAGCCCCGCGGUGGUGGCACACGCCUUUAAUGUCAGCACUCAGGAGGCAGAGGCAGGUGGAUCUCCAAGGCCAGCCUGGUCUACAGAGCAAGGGCUGUCUACAGGACAGCCAGGGCUAUGCAGAGAAACCCUGUCUCAAAAAAAAAACAAACGAAGGAAGGAAGGAAGGAAGGAAGGAAGGAAGGAAGGAGACAAAUUGUGCCUUUUUGAUGACAGCAGCUAGGCCAUGAGUUCCCAGCACAUACCUGAACAGUGAUUGACCUGGUCCCACUCAAUCUAGGGAAGAAAAGAUACAGAUGUUUGGUUUGGCCAGCUGACAAGGAAGCAAAAGGUCUCUUCCCAGUCCAUAGGAGAGUUGGGCUCAGCCUGAACUAAUUGUCUCUGUCUGUGAAAAGACUCCUAACAUUAUGUUAACAUAUUUGUAUAUAUACUGGUCUCAACCUCAACUUUGGACCCAGACCUGGGCCAGAUGCCCCAAUGGAUAGACUUGCAGGGCCAUGCAGGCUGGACUCAUUGCCUUAAUUCAAGAACCUGUGUCUCUGUGUGUGUGUGUACACACACUUCUGUCAGAGAGAGAGAGAGAGAGAGAGACACAGAGAGAGAGACAGAGAGAGAGAGAGACAGAGAGAGAGAGAGAGAGAGACAGAGAGAGAGAGAGAGAGAGAGAGAGAGAGAGAGAGAGAGAGAGAGAGAGAGAGAGAGAAAGAGAGAUGCCCACCUUGGGUCUCUGAAUCUACAACACAAUGGAAUAUUCCUGAGGCUAGAUAAGCCUAGAGGGAGGGUACAGAGGCAGAAUCAAGGCUUUGAUUGUUGACCUAGGCCCCCUCUCAGGUAGAUUCCCUAGAUAAUGCCAAACCCAGUUUAAGAGUUCAAAACUGAAGAGCUGGACUGAGGAACUGACUCAGAGGAAAGAAAGCCUGACAACCUGGGUUCAACCUAACUCCUGUUGUAAACCGAGAGAACUAUAGGAAAUGAACAGCCCUUUAAGAUUACCCAGCUGCCUGGCUGCACACACGCUCUGAGUGUAGUCUAAACGGGAAAACCAUGUUCUUAUUCUGGCAGAGAUGUGCUUGGCACGUGAAUGACAUUACACACUGAUGCCUGCCAACACACACGUACGGGGUAAGGUCUUUCAUCUCAGUAAUUCUCUUGUUCUAAGAUCAACUCCAGCUACAGUGAGGUGAGUUUUUUUUCCUGACUCCAAGGCUUGCCAGAGAAGGUGGAGAAGGAGGAAGUAGCGCUCAGCUUCCCUCUCAGAGCCUGUGCCCGAAUCCUUAAUGUUCUCUGGGUAAAAGGUCUUGGUGAGAGCUUCAGGGCUCCCCCAGAUACCCAUCUCCAAUGCCAAUUCUUUUGUUUCUUCUUCUUGGCAAUGUUGAAGCUAGAACUCAGGGCCCCAAGCAUACUAAGCAAGCAUUCUUCCAGUGAGCUAUAUCCCCAGUCUUCAUUUGUCAACCAGCUGGGUGACCUUGAAUAAGCUGCUGCUUACCCCCACUGAGCCUGGUUUUUCUAUGUAAGAGUGAUGUAAUGCCUACCUCUAAGGUCAUUCUAAUAAUAAGCACAGACAUAUGGAAAGUGCCUGACACAAAGUAGGUGCUCAAUAAAAGAUAGCUAUUGUAA